UAAUACUUGAGUUAGUGCGAGGGAGGGGGGAUCAAAUGCAGGCUGCUCAAUAACUGACACAAAAAAUAAAUACCAACAUGAAAACCAGAGUUCUUGGCUGCUCCAUAUUCGCAUUGUGAUCUACAGAGCUUGCAAAGGGCGGAAGAAAAAGCCAUGGUUCUUGAUACAUUUAUGCUUUGGUGAUUCUUGGUGUUUCUGAGAGGGAUUCUUGUGGCGAUGAGGAAGCAUGGGUGGCAGCUACCUUACCAUCCUCUGCAGGUGGUUGCGAUAGCAGUUUUUCUGGCACUGGGCUUUGCCUUCUAUGUCUUCUUUGUGCCAUUUGUGGGAAGGAGUGAGCUUCAGUAUGUGCUCAUGGGUCUCUACACUCCACUGAUUACAUGUGUUGUCAUGCUAUACAUCUGGUGUGCUGCAACUAAUCCCGGUGAUCCGGGCAUUUUUAAAGCAAAGAAACAUCCAAGAUUAGAUAAGGAUGGAAAGCAAACACAAGAAAAUUCAGAACAUGAAUUACACCACGGAGGAAAGUCAUUCAGCGAUGGCUGUAGUGUUGUUAAUAACAGUGAGAGGUUAAGCAAUAUGUUUGAAGGGAAUGUUCCAUCUUCUCAUCCUGGAUUGUGUGGGAUUCCUUAUGUGCUAUGCACCCCAUUUUCUUGCUUAUGGAAAAGAUGCUUCCACUCUGACGAUCAAUCUUCGCAACAGCACUCAAGUGAAGAAGGCAUGUUCUUCUGCAGCUUAUGUGAAGUUGAGGUGUUGCAGCACAGUAAGCAUUGUAGAGUCUGCGACAAGUGUGUUGAUGGUUUUGAUCAUCACUGCAGGUGGCUCAACAAUUGCAUAGGAAAAAGAAACUACAAAAGAUUCUUCAUUCUAAUGGCUUCAGCAGUUCUCCUGCUUAUAAUGCAGUGGUUAGUGGGCAUUCUUGUGCUGAUUCUCUGUUUAAUGAAGCGGGGGGAGUUCUCCGGACAGAUCGUUUCAAAGCUAGGAAGUAGCUUCUCAACAGCUGCUUUUGUGAUUGUUGUGAUGACAUGUACUUUACUAGCAAUGCUUGCAACAAUACCCCUUGCCCAACUUUUCUGCUUCCAUGUUCUGCUCAUUAAGAAAGGCAUAACUACAUACGAUUAUAUUGUAGCUUUGAGAGAACAAGAAGAGCAGCAGGAGGUUACAGAGCACCAAAGCCCACAGAUGUCCAUCAUUAGCUCUGUCACAGGAUUUAGCACAACUAGCUCAUUUGCGCCUCUUCAGCGUGGUUCAUGGUGCACUCCAACACGUCUGUUCCUUGAAGAUCAGCAUGUCAUUCCCCCAGAAAUGCCACAGAACACUUGGAGCAAGAAGGCAAAGCAAUCUGAUACCGCCAAACGAAAGCCCGCAGGACCCGUAAAAAUCAGUCCAUGGACAUUGGCUCGCCUCAAUGCAGAGGAGGUCUCAAAGGCAGCCGCGGAAGCGAAGAAGAAGUCCAAAGUUCUUCACCCAAUCAUGAGAAACGAAAAUCCUAAGCAUCAUGCCAAGACACGAACCGACGUAGGAGAGCAGUUCCUAUCAGAAAAUUCCGUCGAUCCCACUACCACCACCAGGACACCCGAUAGCAACUGCAGCGACGUGGAGGAGGACAUGGAAACAUGUGGCAGCCUAGCCCCACUGAAGCAUGAACCAAGGAGCGUCUUCCAACCCAGCAUCGCAUCAUCAUCGAUCAGAAACCUAACAGGAUCACCCCAGAGCAGCCUGGACUCGCCUGAUCUCCACCCGUUCCGUGUCUCGAUGUCCGGUGGAGGGGCGGACGAGCUCCGCAGCUUCAUGUCGCUCGCAGCUUCAGAAUUAUCCACUGCUCCCAAGAGCAGCGUCGCGCUGUCGAGAUCGACGAGCGGUGGGUACGAGGCCUCGGGAGGCGAGGACAGCGACCGCAUCCCGUCGAAGAUCGUUCACCGGUCCUCCAAUUGGUCCAAUGCGAUCCUCAAUUCUGGCCGGCGAGAAACCGGAGCUGAUCUCACCUUGCCAACAUCUGAGAGAUUCUUUGCAAACACCAGGUUUAGCUAGCUUGUCAUUUUGCUGUGCUUCUGCUAGUUGUGAAUUGGCUGUAGGAUUUUGCUAACCUGUUUGUUGCCUUGUUGGUUAGAAGCUGUAGGUUUUGUUGCACCUGUGAGUGACUGAUCUGUGGCAGGACAUUUUUGGGAGCUUUUUCACUGAAGUUUAUUUUCCAGCCUUGACUUUUA